UGAUAACUACGUCACUUAGCUUAGUGGAUGUGGAGUCGGUUCCCUAAACACCAGGGUUGCCUUUUCGCCUCAGGAAAUAUUCUAACCAUCUUUUUUUCCUCGACCGCGUGACGUUUUCCACGGAGGUCUGGGAAUAGACGUUAGGAGAUGAGCUGCCAGGGUGAUCACACUGCUGCGUUCAGGGUUUUGGUGACCGGAGGAUCCGGCUUGGUGGGCCGGGCCAUACAACAUGUGGUCAAGGAGGAGGAAGGGGGAGGCAAGGAGGGGGAAGAAUGGAUGUUUCUCUCCUCCAAAGAUGCCAACCUUAUGAGCAUGGAGGAGACGAGGGCAGCUUUUGAGAAAUUCCGGCCAACCCACGUCAUUCACCUGGCUGCUAUGGUCGGGGGGCUUUUCAAGAACAUGAAAUACAACCUGGACUUUUGGAGAAACAAUGUCUACAUCAAUGACAACGUGCUGCAGGCCGCCCAUGAAUUUGCCGUGGUCAAAGUUGUUUCCUGCCUGUCCACCUGCAUCUUUCCUGAUAAGACCAAAUACCCCAUUGAUGAGACAAUGAUCCAUAACGGCCCACCUCAUGAGUCAAACUUCGGUUACGCCUACGCAAAGAGAAUGAUUGACGUCCAUAACAGGGCAUAUUUCAAGCAGCAUGGGUGUUGCUAUACAGCUGUAAUUCCCACUAAUGUGUUUGGUCCUCAUGACAACUUCAGCAUUGAAGAUGGUCAUGUGCUGCCAGGCCUUAUACACAAAGCGUACAUUGCUCAAAAGGAGGGUAAGCCCCUGGUGGUCUGGGGCUCCGGCACCCCCAGACGGCAGUUCAUCUACUCUUUGGACCUGGCUCGUCUCUUCCUGUGGGUCUUGAGAGAGUAUCCAGAGGUCGAUCCAAUCAUUCUCUCUGUUGGAGAGGAGGAUGAAGUGUCCAUCAAAGAAGCAGCAGAAGCAGUUGUGGAAGCACUGGACUUUAAAGGAGAAGUGGUGUUUGAUACCAGUAAAGCCGAUGGCCAGUUCAAAAAGACAGCCAGCAAUGAAAAGUUGCGUCGCUACCAGCCGGACUUCACCUUCACACCCUUCAAACAAGCUUUGAAGGAAACCUGCGACUGGUUUGUUGCCAACUAUGAAUUGUGCCGCAAGUGAAACUCUUGCGAACAAGCGAGCUAAACGUCGGAUGAUGGUCAGUGGAUUUUCCCGCUCUGGUGGAUUAGAAGCUGAAUAGAGAACACGGCGAUGAAGAGGUCCAUGAAAGCCAAGGCGGUGCAAAGGUGGAAGGGUGUUCCGGAAAGAUUUUUUUCGGAGUUGUUGGCCACUCUGAUUUGGACUGACCCUCACUUCAUGUCGUCUCCUCCAUCUGGACAUAUGGAGAAGUCUGUCUACGGGUGUAUUUCUCUUCGGUAUUGUGUUGUAACUUCUAAAUUCGGGAGUGGGCACAAUUUGAUAUUUUAAUCAUAGACUUCACUUAUUUUAUGCUUUAGUUUGUUUUUUUGGGUACAGCAAAAAUGUUCCCUGCCUGGUGAGUGUGUUUAACCAAAAAUCCUAAAUAUACUUUCUCAUCACCAACACCCUUAAUAACAAUUCAAUCAGUAUUUAGUGGAAUGGAGUUAUUCACACCUCAAUAGAUCAUAGGUUUAGGAUAACUCGUUUUCAUGGAAAAUGUUCACUUGAUUUUACCAUAACAUGCGCUUAUCCUAGAUUAUACGUUUUGAACUUUGUUUCGUGGGGGUGAUGUAGAUAAAACGGACACCUGCUGCUGCGCAGUGCAUUGUGUCUUUUUACGUGGGUGUUAUUUUUAGUCGGUAUAUUGGCACUGGGCACAAUAAAUGUUUUAUUAUAUUUAUAAGUG